CUAAACACACAAUCGAUGGAUUCUGCACGUUUUUUUUUUCAGUGAUUAAAAUACAGAGGAUUUGUCAAUACUAGCUGUUAAAUAAGAGAACAUGAAGGCUUCAGAUUUGACCGUGCUGGCGAUAUUUUACACAAUUAUUGGACGUGUAUCAGGACAAUCGGGGACAGACAUGAGAAAUCUAUAUACCUACCUCUUUACGACUAGUGGCUACAACAAUAACAUACGUCCGGUUGUGAACCAGAGUGUACCUACACAGGUAUCAGUAGACCUUCUGUUGACAGGUCUUCUUGGGAUAGACGAAGCUAAGCAGCAAAUGGGAUCUGUCGGUACUCUAACUAUAAAAUGGCGGGACGAAUUCCUCUCUUGGACCCCGUCAUCUUAUGGAGAUGCAAUGUAUUUUGAUCUUCCACAAGAUCUUAUUUGGAAGCCGGAUUUACAAAUUUUCAAUGGCCUGACUGACUUUACUAACUUGGGUGGAAGUUUUAUGACAUUGCGGGUGUUUAGUACAGGAGAUGUUAUUUGGGUGCCAUAUAAAGUAUUUCAGACUAAAUGUAGGAUUGACGUCACCUACUUUCCCUUUGACCGACAGAAGUGCCAGAUAACGAUGGUAGCCUGGAACAGUGAUGCAUUGUCAGUGUCUCUUACAAUAGGGACAAACGGCAUGCAAAUAGAUGAAGAUAUAAAUGAUGGACAAUGGACCUUGUCGAAUCCAAGAGCUGAUGUCAGAAUAGAUGAUAACCAGUCCUUGAUUACGUUUGAAUUAAUGUUAAAAAGAAAACCAAAAGUCUUCGUUCUCAAUAUAAUGAUUCCUAUGUUUUUUCUUAUAGUUCUAGAUGUGUUUACUUUCAUAAUCCCUAACGAUAGCGGAGAGAAAAUAUCAUACUCUGUUGCUGUUAUGUUGGCGUUAUCUAUAUUUAUGACAGUAGUGACUAGUAUACUUCCGCCUACGUCAUAUUCUACGUCAUAUCUGGAAAUGUAUAUUAUACUUAUUUUGGCAUUAGGAACUUUGAUACUUAUUAUAACGGCAAUCUCUUUAAGAAUUCAUGAAAGGGGCCAGGAUAGAGAAAUACCUUUUUGGCUACAGAAAUUGAUAGUGCUUUCUUGGAAAUUAAAUUGUCGGUCUCGAAACAAUUCAGUUCGGUUUAUUUAUCCGAACAAAAUGGACAGUAUAAGUAACAACGAAGUAGAGAUGGAUGUUAAAAAUACGAAGGACACAAUGAAUAUAAAUAAUAAAGAAAAUGAGUCUGUUUUCUGGACUGAUGUUACAUCAGCGGUAGAUUUCUUCAUGUUUUGGAUAUUUUCAUUUAUUAUUUUGAUAGCAUCUGCUUCUCUGCUUGGACUUGCAGCCUUCAGUUAA